AUUCCCUAAUGAGGGGUUGUGUCCUGCCCCCUCCACGCCCCCGCCCUGAAUUUAAUUCUCAUCAGCCAGGCUCUCCACUUUGCUAAUAACGAUAGCAGCCACAAAUAGCUUUCAACAUGCCAUUGACAGCCCGCUUGGAGAGAGCACUUGAAAUAGUGGUAGACAGCUGAAAGUACCCGUAAUUGUGCGCCCGAGUGAGAACCACACUGCUCAAGGGCCUGAUUUUCAUGUGCUUAAAGAGACAAUAUCCUGGUUUCAACAAAUGCUGCUGGUGCUUCACGGCCCCGGGUGUGAUUUACCCCGGGAAUUAAAGGUUUUGGGUGGGGGGGAUUUGGAGUGGUGCGCAGAAAAUCAUCUCGGGGUGUGCCUGGAGGGAGCUGUGCUUUGGGGAUGGGGGAUUUGUGGGGUGGUGCUCCUGUGACCCCGUUUUCAGGGGUGUCAGAGGUGUGGGUGGGUGUCUUUUUUUUUUUUUUUUUUUUUUGUGUUUUGUUUUGUUGGGUUUUUUUUUUCCCCCUAAGGAAUGAUCACGUUGCCAAGAGCUCCAGGAGUGUUUGGACACGGCUCUAGGUGGGAUUUUGGGACAGAAAUUGCUAAAAGACUGAACACGAUUUUAGCCCAGAUCAUGCCUUUUCUGUCACAAGAGCACCAACAGCAGGUGGCCCAGGCUGUUGAGCGUGCCAAGCAGGUGACAAUGACGGAGUUGAAUGCUAUCAUCGGGGUACGUGGACUUCCCAAUCUGCCUCUCACCCAGCAGCAGCUCCAGGCCCAGCACCUCUCCCACGCUGCCCACGGGCCCCCAGUCCAGCUGCCACCUCACCCCUCGGGGCUGCAGCCCCCCGGAAUCCCCCCGGUGACCGGCACCAGCUCGGGGCUGCUGGCCCUCGGAGCCCUGGGCAGCCAGGCCCACCUGGCAGUCAAGGAUGAGAAGAACCACCACGACCUGGACCACAGAGAGCGAGACUCAAGUGCAAAUAAUUCCGUGUCCCCCUCGGAGAGCCUGCGGGCCAGCGAGAAGCACCGGAGCUCCACGGAUUACAGCAUGGACUCCAAGAAGAGGAAAGCAGAGGAGAAGGACAGCAUGAGCCGAUAUGACAGCGAUGGUGACAAGAGCGAUGACCUGGUGGUCGAUGUCUCCAAUGAGGACCCCGCCACCCCCCGGGUGAGCCCGGCCCAUUCCCCCCCGGAGAACGGCCUGGACAAAACCCGUGGGAUGAAGAAGGGGGACGCUCCCAACAGCCCGGCCUCGGUGGCCUCCUCCAGCAGCACUCCCUCCUCCAAGACCAAGGACCUGGGCCACAAUGACAAAUCCUCCACGCCCGGCCUCAAAUCCAACACUCCGACGCCCAGGAACGACGCUCCCACCCCGGGCACCAGCAGCACCCCGGGGCUGCGGCCCAUGCCCGGCAAACCCAGCAGCAUGGACCCCCUGGCCUCUGCCCUGCGCACGCCCAUCUCCAUCGCGGGUUCCUACGCCGCUCCCUUUGCCAUGAUGGGGCACCACGAGAUGAACGGGUCCCUGACCAGCCCCGGGGCCUACGCGGGGCUGCACAACCUCCCCCCCCAGAUGAGCGCGGCCGCCGCCGCCGCCGCCGCCUACGGCCGGUCGCCAAUGGUGAGCUUUGGAGCUGUCGGGUUUGACCCACACCCCCCCAUGCGAGCCCCGGGGCUUCCCUCCAGCCUGGCAUCCAUCCCCGGAGGAAAACCAGCCUACUCGUUCCACGUGAGCGCGGACGGGCAGAUGCAGCCGGUGCCGUUCCCGCACGACGCGCUGGCGGGGCCGGGCAUCCCGCGGCACGCGCGGCAGAUCAACACGCUGAGCCACGGCGAGGUGGUGUGCGCCGUCACCAUCAGCAACCCCACCCGGCACGUCUACACCGGCGGCAAGGGCUGCGUCAAGAUCUGGGACAUCAGCCAGCCCGGCAGCAAGAGCCCCAUCUCCCAGCUGGACUGCCUGAACAGGGAUAACUACAUCCGUUCCUGCAAGCUGCUGCCGGACGGCCGCACUCUGAUCGUGGGGGGCGAGGCCAGCACCCUGACCAUCUGGGACCUGGCCUCACCCACACCCCGCAUCAAGGCCGAGCUGACGUCCUCGGCGCCCGCCUGCUACGCCCUGGCCAUCAGCCCCGACGCCAAGGUGUGCUUCUCGUGCUGCAGCGACGGCAACAUCGCUGUCUGGGACCUGCACAACCAGACCCUGGUCAGGCAAUUCCAAGGCCACACGGACGGGGCCAGCUGCAUAGACAUCUCCCACGAUGGUACCAAGCUGUGGACGGGGGGUCUGGACAACACCGUGCGCUCCUGGGACCUGCGGGAAGGGCGGCAGCUGCAGCAGCACGACUUCACCUCCCAGAUCUUCUCUCUGGGAUAUUGCCCAACGGGCGAGUGGCUGGCAGUGGGCAUGGAGAGCAGCAACGUGGAGGUGCUGCACCACACCAAACCUGACAAGUACCAGCUGCACCUGCACGAGAGCUGCGUCCUCUCCCUCAAAUUCGCCUACUGCGGGAAGUGGUUUGUGAGCACCGGGAAGGACAACCUGCUCAACGCCUGGAGGACGCCCUACGGAGCCAGCAUCUUCCAGUCCAAGGAAUCCUCGUCGGUGCUGAGCUGUGACAUCUCUGCAGAUGACAAGUACAUCGUCACGGGCUCUGGGGACAAGAAGGCCACGGUCUAUGAGGUCAUCUACUGAUCCUGGGAUUUCCAGCCCUCGGGAAUGCUCCGGGAAUGCCCAGGGGAGGCCCCGGGCCCGGCCCAGCUCCGCCACACUCGGAUUUAUUUGGAGAUCUGCAACUCUGGCACACAUGGAAGCCCUAAACGGAUUUUUAUUUGGUUUUAAAAAGGUUUUGGGGUUUCUUUUGAUUUUUUAUUUUUUGUUGUUUUAUUUUUUUUUGUUGGUUUUUUUUUUCCCCCCGGUUCUUUCCGUCUGGCUUUGGUGGCACUAUAAAGGACUCCUUUUUUAUUGGGACUUUUUUUGUUUUUUUGGUUUUUUUUUUGUUUUUUUUUUGUGCAUCCCGCAUAAGACUUGUGAAAAAUGUAAAUACUGGACUAGGAAAAUAGCGUGGGAAGGGGGAAAACCCUCCCAGUACACUUAGUUGUGUAUUUUUGUCUGCUGUAAUUGUAUUCCACUGAUGGUUUUGGUGGUGGCAAUUUUAUUCUGGGGUUUGGUUGUUUUUUUUUUUUUUGUUUUGUUUUUUUUUGUUUUGUUUUUUUUUUUAAUUUUUUUUCCUUCCCCGUGGGGACUUUGCCAUCCAGGCUGAGCAGAGAUGUCCACUGGUGAAAAGUUGUUCCUCCUGUCGUGCGUCGUGUGUUAGUGAUGGUGGGGAAUCGCUGGGAUCCUCAGCUACUGACGGGACAUCAACACAACCACCUUGGGGUUUGUUUUUUAUAGAUGGAUUUAUGGAUUUAUCCCUAUUUUAUUUUUUUUUUAUUUUUUUUUUUUUUUUUAUUUUUUUCCGUGCUUGGAUGUUUGAAGAAAAGGGGAAGCCCACGCAAGCCCUUCUUGGUCUUCGGACAGAAGCAAAUGAGGAGUGAUUUCAAAGAAAGCUUAGAAAAAUUCAGCUCAGGGAGCCACGAAAGAUAAUAGCAAACUUAUGUGUUUUGUAUUCAAAUGAAAGUAAAGAAUUAGAAUUGAUAACCUUGGAGAAAAAAAAAAGACAAAAAAAAAAUACAGGUUUUUUUUUUUUUUUUUUAAAGCAAAAAAGUUUACUAACAAGUAGGGUUUGUGUGUGGUGGGGGGGCUGCUUGUGGUCCUUGUGGGCUUUUAUGGUCUUGUGUCUUCUGGUUUUAUGGAGCAAAUCCCUCCCCCCACAGGCCUUUUGUACUAAAGGGUUCCAAAAAGGACAUUAAAAAAAAAAAAAAAAAAGGAAAAAAAAAAGAAAAAUAUAGAGAAGAAAAAACAAAACAAAAAAAAAAAAACAAAGACUUAACGGGAAAAUAAAAGUAUUUGUGUAGCAGAAGUGCUCACCUGUAUCGUAGCACACGGCAGAGGAUUUUUAUACUGCAUUUUUAUGGAUUAUUUUUGGCGAGUUGGAUCUGGUCCAAAAGGGAAAAAAAAAAUUGCUUAUGGUUGAGGGGAGAACGGUUUGGAGAGGAGGAGGAGGAGGAGGAUGGGGCCUGGAAUUGCAGCCCUGCCAGGAACCUCCAUCCCAUCCCAUGGAUCCCAUCCCUCCGAUGGAUUCAUCCCAAAUCCCAUGGACCCCAUCCCAUCCCUCUGAGGGAUCCAUCCCAUCCCAAAUCCCAUCCCUCUGAGGGAUCCAUCCCAUCCUUCCAGUGGAUCCAUCCCAAAUCCCAUGGAUCCCAUCCCUCUGAGGGAUCCAUCCCAUCCCAUGGAUCCCAUCCCAAAUCCCAUCCCUCUGAGGGAUCCAUCCCAAAUCCCAUGGACCCCAUCCCAUCCCUCUGAGGGAUCCAUCCCAUCCCAAAUCCCAUCCCUCUGAGGGAUCCAUCCCAUCCUUCCAGUGGAUCCAUCCCAAAUCCCAUGGAUCCCAUCCCUCUGAGGGAUCCAUCCCAUCCCAUGGAUCCCAUCCCAAAUCCCAUCCCUCUGAGGGAUCCAUCCCAAAUCCCAUGGACCCCAUCCCAUCCCUCUGAGGGAUCCAUCCCAUCCCAAAUCCCAUCCCUCUGAGGGAUCCAUCCCAUCCCAUGGAUCCCAUCCCAUCCAUCCAGCUGCUCCCAGGGCAGCCAGGAGGAGCUGGGAAGGAGGAGAGCUCUCCUGGGAGCUCCAGGUGUUCCCAUGGGAAUGAGAGGGUUCUGAGGGAACGUUCCAGGCACGGGGUGGCUCCAGGGGGAGGAUGGGAUCAGUUUGGGAUGAUCCAAGGAAGGAGAAGUUCUCAAAGGUUCUUUUAGGGAAAGGCGUUUUGGGCUGGUUUGGCUCCAAUUUGUGACUCUGUCCCUUGGGGGGGUCCAGGGCUGUUUUGGGGUCGGUUUUUUUUUUUUUGGGAUCUGUGGGGGCAGCUCUGCCCCUUUCUGCACCCUGGGCACAGCAUUCCCAGCUCCAUGGUUCCACGCACAGGUGGGGCAGGGUUGGGGGUCCCCCCCAGCUCGUGUCCUCCCCCCAGGUUUGCAAUUUGGCUGCUUGGCUUCUCUCCCCAAAAUGCCAGGACUGGAAUUGCAGGAAUUGCGUGUUCAGGAGCCUCCCAGAGCCAGGCUCUCAACUUCACACCAAAGUAAUGUAGCAGAAUCUGUACAGCUGUUAAUAAACUACCACUGGUUUGGGGUUUUUUGGGGGGGUUGGGGUUUGUUUUGUUUUGUUUUGUUUUGUUUUGUUUUGUAAAAAAGGGCCAAAAAGAGGAAAAAAAAAAGAAUAAAAAGUCAAUGUGCUGAAGCUCAACUUCAAGCAAAGUGUCUCUGAGCCCUCUGAUCCAUGGAAUUCAUGAGGUGGGGGGAGAGGCAGGAGCAGGGGAGGGUCGGGGGGCACAGGGACCCCCCUGAG